AUGAGCAAUUCUACUAUGAGUAGUUCACAACAAAAAAAUAUCAGUGAAGACUGCCUAUACAUGAACAUUUUUGUAAGUGAAAAAUGUCUGUUAAAGAAAGGUUCGUGCCCUGUAAUCUUUUAUAUACACGGUGGAAGCUUGAGCUAUGAUUCUGCUGUAAUGUUCGACGAUCAAUACAUAAUUAAUCGAUACUCAUCAAAAGAUAUCGUCUUUGUCAUAUCUGCUUUUCGACUAGGCUUCUUUGGAGUUCUUGCCUUUGAAAAUGAUGAGGUUGUUCCACGUAACCUCGCAUUUUAUGAUAUCAUUGCUGGACUAGAGUUUAUGCAACAGGAGAUUGCAGCUUUUGGUGGUAAUCCCCAACAAGUAACGCUUAUGGGUCAUUCUCAGGGUGGUAGCAUUGCGAUG